GGUAUUUAACAAGGUUUGGUUAUGUAUUUGGUUGCUGUUCAUCUCUUAAAAACCUUUAAAGGAAGAACAUAAUUUUGGGUAUCUUCUCUGCAACCUCUACAAACUGCAGGUGUUUUGGUAUGAAGAAUAGCUUUUGUUGAUGAUGCUUUUAUAAUCACCAAUCGUUCAUUACUGAAUCAUGUUCGUUCUAUGGCUUCUAGUCAGCCUCCUGGGAAUUUUCUUGCACAAUACCUGGACUUUGUAUUGCUCAUAGGCUCUGUUCUCCUUCAGGUUUCAGAGGAAUGUUUUGGACCUAUCUUUGCAGUGGAGAUUCGCUAGGCUGCCCAACAAUGCCAAACUGGAGAUGGUGCCAGUCUCCAACAGAGCAGGAGCUGGAACCACGGUUCGGAUAGCAUUACAACUAGACGAUGGCUCUCGUUUGCAAGACACCUUCCUCUGCCAACAGACCUUGUGGGAACUUCUCAACCAUUUUGCAAAGAUCAGGGAGCUGAUGGAACAGCACGGUGAAUUGUCUCCGGUUUGUAUUUACAUGCGAGAUGAGAUAGCAGGAAAAGAUGCCCUGGAGAAGACAACACUGAAAUCGCUUGGCCUGAUUGGAGGCAAUGCCAUCGUCAGAGUUGUCAUGAAGAAAUGCAGUUCAUCUGGUGGGGCAGAAGUUGUGGGUGCCACAGUGCCUUGUAAUGAGCCAACAGUGAGGCGAGGCUCUAUGGAAGGAGCAGCAGAUGUGCCUCUACCUCAAGCAAACACAUUUCCAAAGGACUUGGAGCACAGGGAUGUGGCUAUGUCUUUAAACAGCAACACACACAAGCAAGACUUGAUUAAAGAUUCUCAUGCUAGCUUGGAGGAGCUAUGGCAUUCUCCAGAGCCUGAACCUACCCCAUUUGUCCCCUUUUUUGGAGAUGGAGAGCAUCUGGGGGACUCUCCUGUAGCUGUACCAUCUUCAAAGUUGCCAGCAACUUUUUCCAGCCCUGGAGGCCCUUCUAAGCCAAAGAAGUCUAAGAACAGCCAAGAACUGCAAAAGGAGCAAGAACAGCUUGUAGAACGUGAGCCCCUUAUAUGUCACCUAGACCUACUGGAACAAUUUUCUGAUGGCCCAGAAGAGCUUCCUGAUGAAUUUUUUGAAGUCACAGUGGACGAUGUACGGAAACGUUUGGCACAGCUGCAGAAUGAGAGAAAACGUCUGGAAGAAGCUCCAUUGAUGACAAAGUCUUUGAAGGAGUCCCAGCUGAAGGAGAAGUUGGAGCGUUACCCAAAGGUGGUGUUGAGAGUUCGUUUUCCAGACCGCCAUGUUCUACAAGGGUUCUUCCAUCCCACUGAAACUGUUGGCAUUUUGAGAAACUUUGUAAGAAGCCACCUUGCCGAUGCAGAGCUGCCAUUUUACUUGUUUGUUGCACCUCCCAGAAUCGUCUUGAACGAUGAAAGCCUGACGCUGUUUGAGAUCUGCAUGGACCAUUCCAGACUGAUGCACCAGAGAUCGUUCAGACUAAAGGCUCAUGCAAACAAGAGAAUUCUUUGAUUCCCCUGAGGGAGCAGAAGAGCUGGGGUGGGGAGGGGGAUAGAGAAAGUGACUUUCCAGACAGCAUGGUGAAUUAGGUAGUGAUUGGCAUGCCUCGGAAGUUGUUUGCAAUGGAGUUUUCCAAGUCUCACAGCUUCCCGACCAGGCCAUGUGGAAGAAAUACACAUGAAGAUGCUUUUAUAAGUUUGAAUGUUCAGAUAUGUAUCUGCCUCCUGUUGAUCCCCUGGUGCUGGUUCUGGUCUCCUUUGUUAACUUUGGUCUGUUUUCUAAAAUGUUCUAAAUCUUCUGCUUACCUCCGUUUACCCCUUGCCUACCUCCCCUGCCCUGCAGUGCUGUUCUUUUAUUUUCUCUUCCUUAGUGCACAUCUUGUAUUUCUCUUUGAAAUAAGAAGCCUUAUGGCAGGAAUUUUGUUUAAUUUGCUGUGUUAAAGCCUUUGUUCUGUACCUGGCACCACUACUGGUGCUUGUUACUCGUGUGGCAUUUUCCUGGUUUCCUAGUUGUGACAUUUACUAUGAAAUUCAUUCUCGGGGCAGGUCCCUGAAACAUGAAAACAUGUUAAAUUAGUGCUCUUUAAAAACUUGAGGUGCCUUACAGCUCAGUCUUGGGGAUUUCAUUAGAAAUCACAACUUUGUGAAGAACCUGAUCAGUUUUAGUGUCAAACAUCUCCAGUCUGCAGUGGCCUUCCGUGGACUGCAGUGCUUGUUGUGGCACAUGGCAAAGGUGCAAAGCCUUGACUUUGGUACAGAACUGGGACUGUUCAAGAUGCUAUGCUCAAAAGUGGAAAGUUCUUUGCAAAUGGACCGUUUUAGGGAAAGGAUUUUUUCUUAUUUCUCAUAUCCUCUCUGUCAUUGUGAAAGAGGAAUAAUGUCCAACUAAGUUAAAGGGUGUCAAAUCCAAACUUGAUUUAAGAUAUGUUUUAUUCAUGCCACAUGUAAUCACACCAUAGUCAAAUUAAACUAGUGGUUAUGUUGAGAAUUUGGGUGUAAUUAAAUAAAAUGGAGUUUUUAAAUACAGUCUUAAUUAUACAGAAUCAGUACAAUUACUUGCAAAAUGUGGAAAGCAAGUAAAAUCUCAUACUUAGAAUAUUUUUAGGGAUUGUAACAUGACAUUACGAAGAGAUUAUUGUCACAUUAGUUAACAGUUGGAUGACUUUGCAUUUUUGGCUUACCCAGCUGGCUCAGCAUAGGUAACUGUGAUGAUGUGCCGGGAAAGUAAUUUGAGCUUCAAACACAGCUCAGUGAACUCCUGUGUUGAUCAUUAUGGCUUUGGAGCAAAGUCUUAAGAUGAUGAAAUCAUCAGCUCGUUACUGAAUAGCAGUCAAAUCAAAAACAACCUCUUUCCAAAGCAAAGUAUUCAGAACAAACUAGAGAACUUUGCCGUGUAUGGACCAGAGUUUGUCUGAAUAACAUCCAGAUCUGGUCUCACAGAUCUUCAAAAGGAACUGAUGAAGGUGCAGAGAAGGGGAAUGAGGUUCCUCAGAGAUCUGCUCUCAGAGUCUCCUGUCCAAAGAAAGACUGAGUAGGUUGGGACUUGCCAGUCUGUAAAAGAAAUGAGUGGAAAGGGAAUAACAUGCCAAGGAGAAGCUGAAUGCAUUGAGUUCUUGUUCUUGAGUAUGAGUGAGUGGUGUCAAGUGAGGCAAGCAGGAGCUAGAAUAGAUCAAAGAAGGUAGUUAUUCGUGUGUCAGAAAACUGAGGCAUAGAAUUCCUUAUCACAGGGUGCUAUAUACUAAAAGCAUAUACUGAUUUGAGAGAAGUUUGGACAAGUUUGAGGAAGAUACUUAGUAAGUGUGUCUUAAUAUAUAGAAACCUUCUCAGGAAGAUUCUAAACUGCAAAUCAUUGCUGUCACUUAUAAGCAAGGAUACUAUUUUCUGUUCAUCUGGUUUUUGUUCACUAUUAGGGUACUGGCUGGAUUGAAUGAACUACUGCUCUGCCUGUGGUUCUUCUGUCUUUGGUCGAGCUGUGUUUAAUGCCAGUGACUGUGUAGCCUAUGUGCCUUGCUUGGGGCCCUUCAGCCCUUUCAGGUCAUGGUCUGUUAUGGCAGGAAUGAUUCUGUGUGUUUAUAAACAUUUUACUUGGAUGAAGCAUCAAACAUGAAAAAACAAUUCCUGAUAAGAACUUGUCAUGCUGUUCUGGUUAUCCAAACUGCUGUCAAAGAACACAGAACUCUGACCUGUGAGGAUGGUGCCUUGUUCCAGUUUGGGCUGGCUGAUUCUGGGAGAAGCUUUGCUGCCAUUAACCAAUGUAAAUCCUUAUUCUUCUUUAACUUUCACCAUGUUAGGGCAGGCUCCGUGCCAUAAUUUUCCUGCUCAGAUAAGUUUCCUGUUCUGCUGGGGUCUGGGUGCCUGGAAGGAAGGGGCUGGAGGGCCUUUCUUCUCUGGACAGAAUCAGGUGUGGAAAUCCCUGUAGCUGUUGUGUCCAUGCCCACUGUGUCAUUGUUGGAUGCCAUGUUUAGAGGCAUCUGUUCUCAAGGAGGCUGCACUGCCUGAGCCUAGGGCCUCUCAGUAAAAAUAACCCUGGCCCAGAGCAGGAAUGAAAGAGCUGGGGAUGCGACCUGCUCACUGCUUCUCACAUGAGCUUGUGGCCUUCUAAAAAUCUUCAGUCAGGAGGUUUGUAUGGGCCAAGGGUUCCUGUUGGCUGCGAGACUGAGUGCUGUAGAGCAUGCUGCAGUGUCUGACUGUGCCCUGGGUGGGGCUAGGCUCUGCGCAGGGGGGUUUGUGGAGACAUUUCCCUUUUCAUUCAUCUUGUGCUCUGUGGAAGGGAAACAUCUUGUACUUCAGGCAGAGCUCCCCUCCUAGUCCCUAAUCUGGAAGGAGGGAUCUGAAAAGACAAAGCUGUUCUGUAAAGAUAGGAGAGAGAUGCUCAAGGUACUUUGUAAAAUAGUGUGGUGUCAGGGCUGCAGCACCCCUGUAGUGAGAAAGCUUGUUCUGGAAUAACAGUGUUUGGUGCAUGUGAAUGUGAAUGAAGUGCUGUGGAAUAUGAAGUUUCUCCAGACAUCGUAGGAAAAAGAGAGCUUGGGUAAAGUAACAGUACAACUAAUUGCUCUAGGUUUUUGAUGUAUCUUUUUUGGGUUUGGAGGAUGUGUGAAAGGAGGAAGUUUGUCUUUAGCAGUAAUACAUCUCUUUAAGGGUUCAGGUUGUAUCAUGCAACUUCCAAAAUUCACCACUUUUGCCCCAAGUCAUGUUAGCUGUGGCCUCUUGGGAUGCUUGGCACCUGAUGUGCUCCCCUUGCAGAGAUGCCUGCACAUAACCUGACGCUUGAUUUUUCCAAAGCAGGUACUACCAUAGUGUAUCUAGCCAUUCAGGAUUUUUUUUUCAACAUUUAAUGUUCAUGUUAUUAAAUGAAAUAGGUCCUUAAAUGACCUAUUAAAUGACUUAGGUCCUAAGUUAGCAGUAGGCUAUCAUCUACUCUACAGACUAUGUUGGUGUUGUUGGUAAGGAAAAAUGGAUGGUGUCUGAGGCAGUAAUGUGAGCACAUUUGAGCAUUCACAUAUUUAUGAAUUACUGAAAUUCGUGCUGAAGACAGACUGCAGAUGGUGGAGUACCAUAUUACCAAUACUUCUGCUCUUUCCACCUUCUCCCUCCAUUCAAGCUGACAAGUUUGGCACCACAUUCAUUACAUUUGAUCACUUACAAUGAAGGAAGAACCUUUAUGCUGCUAGCAAAAUCAGGAAAAAAGACAAAUGUUGUUGACUUGUUUGCCAAGAUAUUUGGACUGAAAGAACUGUCUGAAGUGAAUUCUCCCAAAAUCUGUGUGUAUUUACAGUAUAGUGAACACACAGAUUGGCAGCAAUGUGGAGUUUUUGGAACCCAUAAAGACUUCAAGGCAUUGCUUUGAUUUUUUGUUGUUGCUGUUUUUGCUGGCGGCCUUCUCCUCAUGUCCCUUGAAGUGUUUUAUAAUGUUCUGCUCUCCAGAGCUGAUCAACCGCAGGCUUCCCUGUUGUAGCACUUGGCUUAGGGUUCUUUAUAGCUUCAGUGGCUUGUGUUUUUUCUAGGCAGUCUGAGCUUUUCAGAGUUGCUUCUUAGCUUCUUUCUCCUCCCAGAAACAGGCGGUUUUGUAGUUGCGUUUCUGGGGUGGGUUACUGGAAAAAAAAUCAUUGAUUGCUGUGUUAAUACUAGGAAAGAUUUAGCAGAAAGUAGGAGUACCAGUCACUGGAAAAGUAGAGGCAGCAGAGAGGGCAGGAGGCCAUCCUCUGUUUACAGAGGAGCUAAAGGAAUCCACAGGCUUCCACGUAAAUAUUUAGGUCUUCUAGUCAGAUCUUAGAGUGCACUGAGUGUUUACUGUCGUAUACCACAAGGCAGAAAUCCAGAUGAGCUGUUUGUUCCUUUUUUUGACUUUGGUUCUCUUUCCAUAUCCCAUUUGUUAAUGCCAGUUUGGGCAGUGUAUCUGGCAUGCUUGUUCAAUCAACCUGACUACAACCCAGGCAGUACGAAGCCUUCUCUUUUGGCAAGAGUCUGAAUGCAGUUUCAGAAAAAAUUGCUUCAUCAGAGUCAGUCCAUCAGAGGCAUUUCCUGUGGCAAGCCUUAUAGUUAUUGCACUCACUAGCAAAGAGAAUUGCAAUUAAUACUGAAAUUCAUCCGUCACAGAGGAUGCCAUUCACCUGAAAGCCUUAGUCUUCUUCAUCCAGGAUUUUGUCAUCUGACUGCGUUUGGAGGCAAUCUCACUUUCUCUUUGUGAUGAGGUCUGUUACGUAUGCUCACAGGGACUGUCCAUGCUUGCCUCAUGAUGCUAGCUUUGAGGACAGCUGGGCUCUUCUGUCCCAGUGAGAGGCUGCUUGCACAAGUGAACUAGGAAUUGAAAUCCUGCCCAAAAUCUUCACUGCUACUAUCAGUUUUGAAGGCCAGAUCCUUCUGAUCUCAGCUAUCAAAGUCUCAAUGAAUGCUCUUUAUACUUGGAUUCCUUCAUAAGGAGCCUUCUCAAAACAGUGUUUUAAAGUCUUAUCUUUGCAUUAUCUGCCCUAGCUGGAUCAGACCUCCUCCAUGUUGGCCACAGAAUAUCCAUCUCCUCUGGCAGCUGAAGUUCAGAUUGGGCAGCUUUGUUGUCAGGUUAUAAACGUGAGCUGUUUGAUCUGCCUCUUUCACCAUGACUGUGGUGUUUAUUUCUGUUUCAGCAAUGAUAGCAUUGCUAUCAAUCCUGCUGAAGGAAUUUUGAUCCACCGGUGUUCCAGUUGAAUUUUCCAAGAGGUAGUUUAUGUGCUUGGGGUGUGUGUACUGUGCAGUAUUUCAUGUUGGUAGCUUGGGUUUCUCCUUCCAUGUGCGUGUUCCUUUGAAGUGCUUAUUUUCUUAUUCAUCUUCCUAACAUCAGUCUAACUGCAGACCUGUGGCACUCUGAUCUUCUCAGAUUGUGUAACGGAAAGAAUGCUGCUCCUUCUGGCAGCUGCAAGUUCCAGCAGCCUCUGCCUGGUCUGACAACAUUGCUCUGUCAGGGAAGAGAACAGCUUCCUGGGAAUAAUGUACAUCAUCUGCUAUGCUCUGUUCUAGGAUUUUUUUGCAUGUGUAUGUCUGAGAAAGAGGAAGUAUUGAGGUGUUAUUUGGGGAGGGUUCUGCCUGAAAUAUUUUCCAUGUUCUAGAGAGCAAGUUACUAAAACACGCAGUAAAACAAAGCAGAAAUGCCUCUCUGCUGUAUCACAGCUGGAUUCAUAAGGGACUGUUGUUCUAAAGUGGGUAUUUUUAUCAUGGAAUGUGAGAUGCAGCAGCCCCAGUGUGCCACUCCACAGCCAAGAUGCCAUGCUGUCACAAACCACACUUACCACCGCAGUGUCUGAGUAACUGUUCAGUAUCUCUCUGAGUAAAGCUGGAGUUACUCAGCUGCAUAGUUUCAGACUAAAUAUGGCUUUAUGAGUAACAGGCUGGUCUUCAGAUCUCUGAAAUAGAAAGUGUUAAUUUAAACUUCUGCAACUGUAACUAAGCAAAUGGAUGAAGCUGUGUUAGGUAUUUUCAAAAUCUGAGGAGCUGGUUAUUUAGAAUGAUACUUCUUAAUUAAAUGAGGAGGAUAAUAGGCGGGACAUUGACUUCCUUUUCUCCUCGCCUCAGUGACUUUCUAAUCCCUUCAGAAGAAAGCUGUCCUGUGAUUAUGAUCUUGGAUGGGGCUCUGGAGACUUGAAUGUGUAGUUCUCAUUGCUGCUGCUGCCAUCCUGUGUGACCUUGAGUAAGUUGUCUCUUUAGGUCUCAGCUUUUCAUCUGGAUAAAAAAAGAAAAGCCCCAAAAAACUUAAACAAAGGGAAACCCACAAAAAUGAAAGCAGCCCACAAACUCAAAGUAUUCUUAUUUACAUCGCAUCUAUAUAAUAGCACAAGGGGAACACCGUUUUCCGUUGGAUUUCUGGUGCAGUAAAUCUAACUGUAUUUUGUAAAUAUGCUUUGCACAGUGCGAUUUGAACAUUAUGGUUCAAUAGAUUAAUAGCAUCUAUUUCCCCAGUCAGAAUGGCAGUUUUUUUGGCUGGAAAUCAAAGCAGCAAGGAAGAGAAAUGCUGUAGCAACUGGCUGUUGGCUCAGUCCUAUUUUAGUAAUUCUCUGCAUAUAUGUGAGUGGAGCUUUUGAGUUACUUGUUUUGAACAUGCUUUGAUUCUUUUGGUCAAUCUGGCAGCUCAAUGUGAUUGUAAGAGUUCUCAAAAUCUGUUCUGAUUCACAGAUGUUCUUGCAAGAACUCUGUGCAGUGAAGAACUGCAGAGUUGUUCUUCUAGGAACCUUGGCAGAUGUAUUAGAACAACUGCAAACAUUAGAAUAGCUGACUUGAGGUUACAGUUUUUUGAGGUGAUAGUCUGCCCAGUGUUUGAUCAUUACAUUCUUAGGCGCGUUAGAGAAUGCUAAAGGCUUUGACUUUGGGCUCAUAUGUUUUCAUGGACAGAAUCUACUAAAACCUUCUCAUCUUUAUGCCGAGACAGUCCUUGGACAGGUGGGAUCAUUCCACUGGACUGCUUUUAUUUUUUAAUGUGAAAUUGCUGCUGAUUUAAAUACUUUCAGAUUAUAAAAAACUCUGGGACAGCAUUAGGUCCUGCCAAUGACUGGCUAGAGAAUUCCCAGGUGAGGUGUAGCUCGCUGCCUUCUGCGCUGCACCCUCAGGGAGUGCUGGGAUUGGGAUGGUGCCUGACAAUUCCGUGCAAAGGAAGCUAGAGCAAGAGUUCUGUGCACGAGCCAAUAGUUUGUUUGAAUUGAAGAGAGAUAACUUUGGAAAGAAGGAACUCCAUGUUGGCUGACCCCUAGGAAAGGAUAGGGAUGCAGGGAAAGGAGCCAUGGGAAGGAUGUUGCGUUCUGUGUACUUGGGGGCUGCUGUCUAGCUCCUUUAAGUUUCUUUCAAUUAAGAUUCUGAACUGAAGCAUUUGGACUGAUGUUUUGCCAGCAAUGGGAAAUGGUUGUGGACGUGGAUCUUGAAACUGAACUAUGGUUAUUUGACGACCUGUGAGUAAAUAGGGUAGAGGUUUAUAUUGGGGCACAGUCUGUCUAUGUGUUUGUUGGUUGAGUGAGUCUGUCUAGCUCUUGAUCUGUUUCUCACUCUCUUUCUCUCUUUGUGCCUCACACAGGUCUUGCCAUGAAUUUUCUCUGACCCCUUGGGGCCAUUCCCACAUGAGGCUUUGAUGUGUGUGCCCAGAGCUUGAUUGACAAGGAAGUUUCAGUGGCAGCAGCAGGGAAACGAAGAGAAAAGGGCAGGGCUUUGAACUAAAGGGCUUUGAGUUCUGAGUUUCUGUGCUUACUUAUCUCCUUCAGAAUGUUAAUUAUUUACCAAGAUAAUUGGUCGGGAGGCAAAAAAAAGAGAGGGAAGGUUAUUAAAAAAUUCCAACACUAACACACUACAAAACCCUCAUUUUCCAACUUGCAGCUGGCAUGAAAAGGAUGUUGUGUGUAAAAGGGCUUGAGUGUAUGUGUGUUGGGGGGGCCCUUUUUAAGGCACCCAUUUCCUAAAUAGACGACUGCUGUAGAAACAUCAAAGCUCCUGUGAGAGUUUUUUCUGGGGUUUCUAAACCGUGUCUGGUACUUUGUAAUUAAAAAAGUUUAUGGAGAGCUGUCUUUGUGACUGGAGCACAACCAGGCAAUCUUAGGCCCUUUUGAUUGAGGAAUGAAAUGUUAAAAGACCUAAUAAAUAAUUAUUUUGCUAAAAUGUCAGUUCAAGGAUGUGAAUCCCCCUGGAUGCUUUAGCAGGAGCUGAGUCUUGCAGUAGAGUGGUAAAUAUCUCCUGUUUCAGCCUAGUGUGAUGUUGACUGUACUGCAUGACACAGUAUCCUAUGGCCUCUGUAUUAAUGUCAAAAAAAUGCCUAAUACCACAUGCUUAUCUGAAGCUUGUAAGCAGGAAGGGAGGUGAAGCUAUUUCAUUUUGCCUUAGUGCAAUUAAUGUAUUAAUUUGCAUUAAUACAAUUUUCUUAGUCUCCAUAUUAGACUAUUAUUAGACAUAUUAGCCUCCUGGGUGAAGAUCAGGGUUCUGUUGAGUUCUGGUAAUUGCUGUGCUGGAUUGGGUCCAAGGACCAUCAUUCCAGUAUCCAGCUUGGGCUGGUGGUGGCAACAGAGGCUCAAGAUAACUCCAGAGCAGUCAGUCUGCCCUACACAGUUUCCAAGUAUGUAUGAGUGAUACCAAGUGGGGCAGCAACUUGCUUUUAUCUGGUUAUUUAUUUAUUUAUUGGAUCACUGUGACAAGUUUAGUGUUACUGUUUUGCCAGGGAAAAUGUAGACCAUAAAUUAACAUUUGCUGUACAGUUUCUGGCUGUAGUGGUACUUGCUUCUUUUACACCGUGAUGAUUUAGUUUCUUUACCUCUCUUACUACAAGGCUUCCUAAAAACUUAACAGAGUUGUUUCAGCUAGUUAUUCUUUAUGUGGUAUUUUACUGGCAUAUAAUGCAGGUAAUAAAUAUGAUGGUUAUUUUUUCAGAAUCCUUUCUGGUACAGCUGGUUAUGCCAUGUCAUAUUAAUCUCCUUCAUAUCAUACCCUCUUAAAAAUCUAAGUCUGAGCUUGCAUUGAUGUCUGUUUUUAGCAUGAAAUUUAAUAACUCUGACUCUCUUGCUCUAUAUUUCAUUUGGGAACACUUGGAUGCACUAUGGGAUGUGAUGGUGUAAUGUUUUGUAAUGUAUCACUGAGUUUUUUGAUGAUGUGGUGUGACACUGGGUUGUCACUGAAGGCAGCAGAGCAACCUCCCUAGGUAGGUCCCUCCUUUAUACCCACAGGUGCCUUUGUGAUUCCUCAGUUGAACAGGGGGUGUGUGAGUCCAGUUUCACAGUUUCUCUGGUGCCCAGAAAAGGACCAAAAGAUAAUGAAGGGUCCUGCAUCUGACAUAUGGGAAGAGGUAGGGAGAGUGUCAAGGUUGUUCAGCCUGGAAAAAAGAAGCUCUGUGGGGGCCUUGUCAAUGUGUGUAGUAAAAGAGAUGGGAAACAGCAAGGGAUAUGGUCUUAGCAGUGCCCUGUAAAAGGACAAGAUGAAAUAGACACAAAUUACAGGAACUUCCAUUGAACAUUGAAAUAAAAGGAAAAAAAAACCAAAGCAACCAAACCUACUGGAUAGAAAAAAAUGUUUGAAUGUGGCAGGUAUUCUGAUAAGUAGGAACUAGAAAUUCAGGUUGGAUUUAUAAAAGGAAA